CUUAACAGGAACCUCCGAGAUUACCAGAACAAAAAAAAUCCACUUUCCCCAUACGUGACACGGCUUAUUGCACCAAUCCGAGACCAAUCUCUGCCAUACGUGGUCAUAGGUUCGAAUCCAAAAGGGCGAAAACAUCAUAACAAUUACUGAUGUUAAAACAGUACGUAUGUACCUAAAACCGCAGCAGAAACCACAGGUACAUACGUACGCGCUGCAUUCAUGUGAGCACGAGUGAUGGUUUUCAGAGACCGGCUUGUGGUUUGAUCUUCAAAAUGAAAAUGAGGUUUAGUUUCAAAGACUAACAUGAGCGAGAAACAUCACCAAUAGAACCCGAACGAUCUCGCUGAUCCACUUAUCCAUAAUCGCGUAUUCGGUAUUCAUCAUUUGUUUGUGACAAUGGCCAACGGGUGUGUCGUCCUCGGGGUGUGGCUGCUUUCCAUUUACUUAUGUCGUGCUCACGAAGACACAGGCGAGGCCUUGAUCGAACAAGAAUUCACUGAGAACACGAACUACUGCAAAGAUUCGGUGGAGGAAGUUCAUGCCAAUUCGGCUCCUACCACUCGGCUUAACCAUUUUUUGCUUUGUUUGUCCCAGAAAACUGAGAAAGAGUUGGCCCAGACGAGUGACAAGAAUACCCAAGAGUUGAAAGAGGUGAGCAACGCUCUCACCAAGAUCUUGUACAACCCUUUGUUCCGCGAGGACGUCCACGAUUUCAAGAAACGUCUCGUCAAACGUUCCCAAGAGGCCCCACAACUCGAUGAAAGCAUUCUUUCUGCUUUGGUCAAUAACCCCGAAGCCUUGACCUUGGUGCUGGAUUACCUCAAGAAGAACAAUAAAAUGCCCCAGACCACGCCCCGUCCGGCCAGACGGCGAAAUUCGCAGUAUUUCCGACGUCCCGGUCGACUCCAGCGUCGGCCACCUUCUCAUCGGAAUCAUCCGUACCGAAUCCAACAGAUCCAUCGAUCCCCCCCCAAACCCACACAGUCCCAGAAGGCACCCGAACCGCCCAAACAACUGCCCAACAACCCUAUGGUGAAGGGUGACUUUGACCGAGACCUGGAGUUCUUCGGCCCGUCGGACUACAAACCUGACCUACCCUAUGCUUUACCGGGGGAUGAGCAUGGCAACCCGGUGUACCCCUGGCAAGUGGGCUACGUCCCCAUUCCUAGACGGAGAUAAGGGGUGGUCCGGACGGCCGUGCUAAAUAUCAGAAGCCAAAUGGACUUGUCCCCGUUUUCCCCUGGUUUUACGACUUAUUCGUUUGCUCAUUCAUUCAGUUUGUCAGUCACUCAGUCAGUCAGUCGGUCGGUCGGUCCGUCCGUCGGGGUGUCAUCUUAUGUGUGUGAGUGUGUGUGUGGUAUUUUAGAUGGUUGAGAGCCGCUCAUAAAAAGAAGGGAAAUAAACAGGAAGAACAAGAAGAAAACUUUCACCUACCAAGUGUGUGGUAACCACAACUCAAUCUGAACCAGUCUUACUCAUAGUACUAGGUACCUUGGGCUGAAAACCGUACAUGACACUGGUGCUAUAUAGUGGCAGCAAAAAGGUGCAGUUCGAUUGUCGAUGAUGCUCCGGUUUUUUUCUUAAAGGCGAUUUCGUUUGUAAGCGCAAAAAAAAAUCAUGUGUUCCUUUACGUGUAAAAAAGAAGUUUGUAGUCCAAGCCAAAGCUUGAAUGGGAGUCGAUGAAAUGGAGAUUGGCAGUUAGCCUGUCGAAUUCGACAGACUUCGCCAAGCAAUUUGCAGGCUGAUGCAUUUAAAUUUGCGACUGUUCUUUCACGAAUGUCUAUAUUUGCGAGAUCCUUCCCCCCUCUUAACAACAAAACCAGAUGACUAGCAGGUAUUGCUGGAAAAUAUAUUCUAUGGCUCCCUUGGGGAUUCGUCUCGACCUUGAAUCCUCCAAAUUUCUAGGGUCACCCAGGUAAUCACCUUUUCUUGGCAAGUGGUCUCCAAGGACUGGUCUUUUAAUUAUAUGUUUGAUUGCUUCCCCCCAUGGUUUGAGACAUCGUAUCUCUUG